AUGGAUGAAGUUGUUCCUCUCCCCCCACUACGGCGAGUCCGUCACAGGUCGCCUACAAAAGCUCAAGCUGCUUCCGGCCAGGCUUUCCGGAAACCGCAAAGACUCUCGGGAUUGAGUCAGACGAGCUUACCAUCCAGCGAUCCGGCUCUGUUCUCGAGUGAUGAUAUCCCGUCUUCGUCGCUGGAGAAUUAUCACGGACAGCAGCAGCAACACAUCGAUCAUUCUCGCAAGCGACGCUACCGCGGCACCUGGUGGGGUGAAAUGGCCAAGGAGACGAAACGGAAAAGAGCCGAUUUCAAGCAGAAGCGGAACCUGGAUAGUGGUGUUUGGAUGGGCAGUGAUGAGUCUUCUUCGGAUUGUCUCUUGUUGUCUGAGGCGUCGUCUUGCGAGGAGUUCAUGGCGAGUGCGUGGGGUCGACAGAAGCAGCAAGUAGAGUUGGAGCAGGAUGAACAAGUUACGGAACUUGCAACUCAAAACAGGAGGCCUGUGUUUGCGGCUCGGAGUUUGCGAAGCGUGGAUGAGCCGCAGGAACAUAGAGACGCUAGGGCAAUGAUUAAUGAAUGUCUCGAGAAAGGCCAAGAGAGCGUCGACCUGAGCAACUUUGGCUUGAGGAGCAUUCCUACCGACUUGCUUCGACCACUGCUGCAUUUAACCAAGCAGCCGACAGUAGCUGGCGGACCAAUUACCGACGAAGCAUUCACAUCGUUGACGCCCUUUCUUCGGUUGUUCUUGUCGGGCAAUUCCUUGACGGAAUUGACGUCUGAAAUCUUCGAGUUGGGCAAUCUGAAUGUCCUGAGUUUACGAAAUAACAAGCUUCGAGAGAUUCCGGGAGCUAUUCGAAAACUGACAAGAUUGCAAGAAAUCAACCUCUCCAUGAAUCGACUGUCCUCGUUGCCGUGGGAAAUGCUGUUGUUGAUACGGAAAGGUGACUUGAAACAAAUGACUGUUCACCCUAACCCGUUCAUGUCAUUUGACCAGUCGGGAACGGAUAUCGAACAAUGGCAUUAUGGCACAGAUCUUCGAUUGAGCGAAUAUCAAGGACCGCCACCAGAGGAUGCGUGGGCGCCAAUUCACAUUGCUACAAGUCGUGUCAAAUAUUUCGAUUGCGAAGGCAACCCCCCAAUGACCUCAAGAUCUAACACGGCUCAAACACCAAAUAACACAAGCAGAGUUCCAUCUUUGCGUGAACUGGCACUGCUUGAGUGCAACAAAGCCCCGUAUUUGGACCAAUUCCUCGCCGACGAUAUAGAUGCGGCAGGCUAUCCAGAACCAGUGAUCCGGCUGCUACGACGGGCAACGGCGGUUCGCCAUGCCGGCGGCAUGUCUUGUUCGGUGUGCCACCGCAGUUUUGUGAUCCCUCGUACGGAGUGGAUCGAGUGGUGGGACUGUACUACAUACGAGAAUGGAUUGAAAAGUCCACGCGUAUCGGGUGCAGAGCUGCGUCCACUGCCGUUUUUGCGACGAGGUUGCAGUUGGGGAUGCGUUCCGAAUGAGCCAGGCACGACAGUUUCUUGA